UUUCAUUACAUUUUAAUCUUCCAGAGGUUCUGUGCUGUUUUGAUCAGCAAAUCUGAGUUGUCAGCAUCGAUUUACUUGAGCAGAGUGUUUAUAAAAUAUCUACCCUCAAGUAGUCAAAAUUUAUCACAUUUUCAAAGGUGUGAGGGUUCUCACUUUAUAGCRGAAUCUUUAAAUCAGUUGAAGAUCGAAACUAUGGCAUUACUUCAGUGUGUAAUUCUGGUUAUUUCUGUUCUCUUGCUGAUAAUUGGGAUGGGCUUUCUUGGCGUCGCUGGUUACGCGUUUUAUUGGUUCUAUAUUAUAACACGUUUCAUAGAGGAUGCAGGUAGUCUUGGUGCUUUCGUUAUGCCAUUUACGAUUGUGCUAGUAUUCAUAACCGUACAUGCAGUAGUGCAAACUAUGUCAGGCGUUCUGGGGAUAGCAGCUCUUUGCAAACGAGGGCAAUGUGCGGUCAUGUCGUUCAUGGUGUUCUGCAUCUUGACAUGUCUAUCAAGUGCCGAGUUUCUGGUGGUUGGCGUCUUUUCCUGGUCUCCUAUUUGGACGGAUACGAUGUUUCCUCUCAUUGGAAAGAAAACGAAAGUAAAAGAAAGUUUAAGCCCGUAUUUUUUUGGAUGGAUUUCAGGAUUUGCAUUUACCUUUCUACUUGCAUUGAUUGGUUCCAUUCUGUCAUGUGUAGCCAAAUGUAAAUGUUGUGAACGUCAG